GUCAGUUGUAACAAACACAACAACACCAUUCAGAAUUUACAUUUUUUUGGUACAGAAUGAGGCUGCAGUCACUUUGUGGCAGAGUCCUCCUUGGACUGUCUCUGACUUUAUUACUCUCUAGUUUCUGCUUUGCUGAUGACAACACAAUCAAAGUUUUUGGCAUUGGAGAAUGCGCUGAUUGCAAAGAGAAUAACAUUAACACCAUUCAUGCUCUCUCAGGGCUUCAUGUAAGCAUUGACUGCAAGCUUGAGAAUGGAGAAAUCAAAACAAGGGGUGAAGGAGAGCUUGACAAAGAUGGCAAAUUUGAAGUGUCACUUCCUAAGGAAAUGAUAAAAGAUGGCAAGCUGAAGGAAGAAUGCUAUGCACAAUUACAUAGUGCAUCAGCUGCACCAUGUCCAGCACACAAUGGCAUUGAAUCCAACAAGAUUGUGAUCAUAAAAAAUGAUGGAAAACACUCAUUAAAACCUGCUGGAAAUAUUAAAUUCUCAACAGCAUUAUGCACUUCUGCUUUCUUGUGGCCUCACUUUAAAUAUCCACCAUUGCCAACGUUGCCACCUUUCCCUAAAGAUCAUCCUUGGAUGAAACAUUUCCCUAAUUUGCCACCUUUCCCACUUCCCCCUAUUCCUCCAAUUUUCAAAAAACCAUGUCCACCUCCAAUUCCAAAGCCAAAUCCUCCUCCGGUUCCCGUUUACAAUCCUACACCAGAACCACCGGUAGUAAAGCCACUUCCUCCUCCAGUUCCCAUUUACAAACCCAAGCCUAAACCAGAACCACCAGUAGUAAAGCCUAUGCCUCCUCCAGUUCCUGUUUACAAACCAAAACCAAAGCCUCCUUCAGUUCCCAUUUACAAACCCAAGCCUAAACCCGAACCACCAGUAGUAAAACCUAAUCCUCCUCCAGUUCCUGUUUACAAACCAAAACCAAAGCCUCCUUCAGUUCCCAUUUACAAACCCAAGCCUAAACCCGAACCACCAGUAGUAAAACCUAAUCCUCCUCCAGUUCCUGUUUACAAACCAAAGCCAAAGCCUCCUUCAGUUCCCAUUUACAAGCCCAAGCCUAAACCCGACCCACCAGUAGUAAAACCUAAUCCUCCUUCAGUUCCUAUUUACAAACCUAAACCAAAGCCUCCAGUUAAAAAGCCAUGCCCCCCAAAACCAAAGCCUCCUGCAGUUCCCACUUACAAACCUAAGCCCAAACCAGAACCACCAGUAGUAAAGCCACUUCCUCCUCCAGUUCCAGUAUACAAGCCACCAGUAGUGAAGCCACUGCCUCCUCCAGUUCCAAUGUACAAGCCACCAGUAGUGAAGCCACUGCCUCCUCCAGUUCCGGUAUAUAAGCCACCAGUAGUGAAGCCACUGCCUCCUCCGGUUCCGGUAUACGAGCCACCGGUAGUAAAACCUAUGCCACCACCUGUUCCAAUUUACAAGCCACCAUUCUACAAAAAACCAUGCCCACCACUUCCACAACUUCCACCUUUCCCUAAACUUCCUCCAUUCCACCAUCCAUUCUUCCCACCAUUUCCUCCUUCUAUUCCUCAUCAACCAUAGACAAACAUUACAAAGCCGUGAAAAUUAUUUGCAAUUUAUGAAAUAAGUUGAUCAAACGCUGGAACAUUCAAGAGAUAUGAUGCUUGAGAAUGUGAAAGGAAAAGAACAGAGAAUAGGGAAGUUGAUGGGGUGGCGAGUUGAUUUUUACUGUGUUAGUUUGUUUAGUUGAGUGUUCAUGCAAAUGUUUGUACAUCUUCAAGUGAAUUAUGGUCCGGGGAAUAAUUACUACGGGUAUAUCUAUUGUAUACUAGUGUAUACGUUAAAGAACGGAUCUCUUUCUUUUUCAUUAUGUUACUGUUUUUUGUUUUUCAUGGAAACUUGUACUAGUCAUCUCUUUUUUAAUAUACUGUUGGGUUUUAAUUACUCUUU